CCACCAUUUUUCUGUGCCUAUACAUUGCAAACACUGAUCACUUCUUGACUUUCUAAAUCCCUAACUUUGCUUGCUUCCUCCUUCUUCUCCAUGGCGACCCCAUCUUCAUCACACUCCAUCACUGAAGAGAGAGAAGAAGUCAUGGUUUCUGAGAAAGGUCACACCUUUAUCAAAACCCACUUCCUAAAACCCAUCGCUACCUCUUCCGUAGCCGUAGCCGAGCUUCCCCGUCAACUUCUCUCUGUUUCAUCAUCUCCUUCAGAGUUGCUAAAGCGCUUGUCUUCCGGAAAAUCCUUAUCUGGGUUUUGGGUAGCAGAGCGUCGUUUCGUCUCCUGGGUUGGAAAGAUGGAAGCUUUACACGAACCCACAUGGAGAAAAGCUGGGAUCUUUGAAGCCAUCAAGGCCUCGACUUACAACAUCACAAAGAACCCGUCUCUGCUUCUCUCUGUUUCUCAGAAAUGGUCUCCUGAAACGAACUCUUUCGUGUUCCCUUGGGGUGAAGCAACAAUAACUUUAGAGGAUGUGAUGGUUCUUCUUGGAUUGUCUGUUCUGGGCUCCCCUGUUUCGGACUCUGUACACAGCUCCGAGAUGAAAGACGCGGUGGAGAAGCUGGAGAAAGCAUGGCAAGAGAAGAAGGCUGGACAUGAUUUUGUGAGGGAAGAGCCAUGGACUUCGAGAUUCUUCGGUAGAGGUGAUCUGGAGCAUGAAGCUUUCCUUGUUUUGUGGCUUUCCUUAUACGUCUUUCCUGCGAGAUCCCAUCGCUCUAUCUCGAAACGUGUUGUUCCCAUUGCUGUUCGUUUAGCUAGAGGUGAAAGGAUUGCUCUUGCCCCUGCUGUUCUCGCCGGUGUAUACAGAGAUCUGGGUCAAAUCAGUGGCUUUGGUAGAGGAGGAGACUGUGAUGGCAAACUCAAUCUCAAGUCUUUGUUGAAGUUAGUUCAAGUAUGGACUUGGGAGAGGUUCAAGAACGUGAGACCAAAGCCUAGAGAUAUCCCCAAAGGUGAACCAAGAAUAGCUCAAUGGGACAGUCUUCAGCAAAGACAUAAGAAUGUGAGAUUAACGUUUGAUGAUUUCGAGUGGCGUCCGUACACUAAGACUUUGAGGAACUGGGACCCACUUCGGGUUUACGUUGAAGAAGCUAAGUGGGUGACUGUUGAUAAGAGUCUUGGGGAUGAGUUUGCUUCUUUUGCUAGGUGUGUGAGAGUUGCUCAGCUUGUUGGAGAUGGUUUUGUGGAGAGUUACUAUCCGAAUAUAGUGGCAAUGCAGUUUGGUUUGGCUCAGGAUCUUCCUGGUUUGGUAACUCGUCAUGGAGACUUGACAGAAAAGGAGGCUUGGGAUGAUUACAACAAAUCCCUUGAUGGUUUGAAGCUGUACAUGCCUUCUCGACUUGCUUCAGGUUCUGUUACUGUAAGAUACAGAGACUGGUGGGUGAAGUCAGUUUCAGAGAUGCAGAAAGAAACAACUGAUGAUGAUGAUGUUGGUGUAUCUCCCAAGGUACUGCCUUUGAGCCAGGUAGUUCAAAAUCUGGAAGAAGGCUUUCCGGCAACAUGCACAAGAUCUAGUAUGCGUAGAUUAGCAAACAAAGAUAAGAUAGAUGAGCUGGUGAACAGUCUUGUAUCUUCAAGCUGGAAGAAGAAGGGAGCUCAAGAGGAUGAUGAGGAGAGUUAUAUGGAUGAAGAAGAAGAAGAUAACAUGACCAUUGCUCAAAUUAGAUCUAGGAGGAAGUAUAGCGAUGCAGAUAAAGCUGGAGGAGAUGUUUCUGAGCCGCUUGGAAAAAGAAGAAGAAAGUUUCAGGUGAUGGAUAGUGAUGAUGAUUCAGGGCCUUGUCAAAAGCUUGCUUCAGUGAAAAUAGAGGCAAAGAACGAGGAGUAUGAUGAAACUGCGAGCAACAUACAACAGAUGACGAAGCAAGUUUGUGAUAAUGAGGUUAAUGAAACUGGAGAUACUCCAGGGAAGAGGAGUACGAUCGCUGAUGAGGCCAAGAAAGCUGAAUGUUGGCUUCACGAAGAAAGUGAAAAGAGGAGAUGCAAUGAGAAAAGAAGAGAAGAUAUUCUUGAAAAACUGAAACUGAGGAAUCUUUCGAUAAGGGAGAAAGAGUUGAAGUUGGAGGCACGUAUUAUGGAAGUAGAGAAGACUUUGAGGAAGAUCAGAGAAUCGAACACCAGUGGAAACAAGAUCAAAUUUGAAGCUUCUGCUUAGCUAGUUUGUGUCUGAAACUUUUCAAGAGGAGCCAAGACAACGAUGUCACACAUUAUCAAUUCUUUCGGUGUGAUGUUUUUUUUAGCCCUUUUGGAUUAGACAGAGAAGCUUUACUUGGUUAGUAUCCGAAAGAAAUAUCAAAUGAGGGAAUCAAUACUAUUUUGAAUUCUCGGUUUAUGAUUUGAGAGAAAAGAUAAACCGUUCUGUUUAUAAACUUUUGUAAUCAGUUUUCUGGUCCAUUAUG